CAGUGGUGUCGGCUCGUGAGUCUCUUCGCUGUGCUGAGUGAGAAAGGACUGGAUUGCAGCGAUGUCAGUUCAGGUUGUAGCAGCGAAAAUGGCCGAGGUCGAAUUAAAAGACGUCCCGAAUAAAGAGCUGAGCGCCGUGUCGCCGCGGACACCCAUAGCCGAGGAGAAGGGUUUGUCUAACAGCGAGCUGAACGCCUCGGCUCCGUCCCCCACAGCGGACACCGCGGUGGUGAAGGGGGACCCGAGUCCGCUCAGCUCGACGCCGAACGCAGUGAAGAUGCCCCAGGCGUCCGCGAUGAAGCGGCCGGACCCGCAGCAGAACGGCGGAGAGGCGUUCGUUAACCGGGAUGGCACGGUGGCGGAGGCUCCCCGGAUGAAAAAGAUCCAGUUUGCAGACCAGAAGCAGGAGUUUAACAAGAGGCCCACUAAGAUUGGGCGCCGAUCUCUGUCUCGCUCUAUCUCCCAGUCCUCUACAGACAGCUACAGCUCAGCUGCCUCCUACACUGACAGCUCAGAUGACGAGACGUCUCCCCGUGACAAGCAGCAGAAGAACUCCAAGGGCAAUGCAGACUUCUGCAUCAAGAACAUCAAACAGGCCGACUUCGGCCGCAGAGAGAUUGAGAUUGCUGAGCAAGAGAUGCCAGCCCUUAUGGCUCUGAGGAAGAGAGCUCAGGGAGAGAAGCCCCUGGCUGGAGCCAAAGUGGUGGGCUGCACUCACAUUACAGCCCAGACUGCAGUGCUGAUGGAAACCCUUUCUGCUCUGGGGGCACAGUGUAGGUGGGCCGCCUGUAACAUCUAUUCCACUCAGAACGAGGUGGCAGCUGCCCUGGCAGAGGGAGGUUUCUCUGUGUUUGCGUGGAAGGGGGAGUCUGAGGACGAUUUCUGGUGGUGCAUCGACCGCUGUGUCAAUCUGGAAGGCUGGCAACCCAACAUGAUCCUGGAUGAUGGUGGAGACCUGACCCACUGGAUCUAUAAGAAAUAUCCAAACAUGUUCAAGAAGAUUAAGGGCAUUGUGGAGGAGAGUGUGACUGGAGUUCACAGGCUGUACCAGCUGUCCAAGGCUGGGAAGCUGUGUGUGCCCGCCAUGAAUGUCAACGACUCAGUCACUAAACAGAAGUUUGAUAACCUCUACUGCUGCCGGGAGUCCAUCCUGGAUGGACUGAAGAGGACCACUGAUGUCAUGUUUGGAGGGAAACAGGUUGUGGUGUGUGGGUAUGGAGAGGUUGGAAAGGGCUGCUGUGCUGCUCUAAAAGCAAUGGGCUCCAUUGUCUACGUCACAGAGAUCGACCCCAUCUGUGCCCUGCAGGCCUGUAUGGAUGGCUUCAGACUGGUCAAGCUGAAUGAGGUCAUCAGACAAGUGGAUAUUGUCAUCACCUGCACAGGUAAUAAGAAUGUGGUGAUGAGAGAAAGCCUGGACCGCAUGAAGAAUGGCUGCAUCGUCUGCAACAUGGGCCACUCUAACACAGAGAUCGAUGUGGCUAGCCUGCGAACCCCCGAAUUGACCUGGGAGCGUGUGAGGUCCCAGGUGGACCAUGUGAUCUGGCCUGAUGGGAAAAGGAUAGUGCUGCUGGCAGAGGGUCGCCUCCUGAACCUGAGCUGCUCCACUGUGCCCACGUUUGUCCUGUCCAUCACAGCUACAACCCAGGCUCUGGCUCUGAUAGAACUGUACAAUGCUCCAGAGGGCCGCUACAAACAGGACGUCUACCUGCUGCCUAAGAAAAUGGAUGAGUAUGUGGCCAGCCUCCAUCUGCCCACAUUUGAUGCGCACCUCACUGAGCUGUCUGAUGAGCAGGCCAAGUAUUUGGGCCUGAACAAGAAUGGACCCUUCAAGCCAAAUUACUACAGGUACUAAACCACCUCGAAAGCGGGGAAACAAAAAGGAGGAGAAAAAGAUGGAGAAGAAAGUGGCGCGACUCAUCAACCCAUACAGAGCGAGGCUGGGUUUCAGCGCCUCUCAUUCAGGGGGGAGGGAGUGGCUCUGUGCUGAUUGGCUAGAGCCGAGGGCGUGGCUAAUGAUGCUGCGGCAGUGUUUAUUUAUUUUCUGCUAGAAUAACAUAACUCUAAUCCUUUUAUGAGCUGCUACUGCUAGUGGCCCAUCCUAGCACUGUCUUCACAGAGAUUUCACCGUUUCAUCCUCUCUUAGCUUCAUGUGUCAGUCGUACGUAAUCCAUUUAGAGAUCUCUUAUCGUUUAUCUAUGACUAAGCUAAUGUGGGAAAACCUAAAUGCGUAAAAAAAGAAGGAAAAAAAAAAACAAAGACGAAGACUAACUAAAACGGUUGUGCAUUCUCUGACCUUUGAUGAUAUUGUCUUUAUUUUCUAUUUCUAUUUUCUUUUGAUGCUGAAAUAGUGGGGUGGGACGAGAUUGUGGUUGGGUCCCGGGGUCCUAAUCAUAUCUUAUUUUUGUUUUGUUUUGUUUUCCUUUGAUCACAUUAUAUAAAUGUGUUUUUUUCUUUUGUUUACUUUUUAAACUUGUGUUGAUUUUUACUAAACCUUUUUAGAAUUUUGUUCUCUUUUAGUUCUGAAUAAACGUAGGCCAGUUAAAAUUUCAACUGGUUACUGAUAGAUUUCGGGGCAGGGCCUCUUUCCCCAGCUGUCUUUUAAACUGGAAACAAAUUUUCAAUUUCAUUGACCAAGAGUGUCACCAUCUCAAUGUCUAGUGUCUCCCAAAUACGAUCGCAUUAUAUUUCUGUGUUGUAACGAAAGCCAGUAUUGAUGUUUUUAAAGCUGUUCCCUCUACGAGCAUUUCACAGAUUCUCUAGGUCUUGAUUUCCUUUCCACACAAUUACAUUAUUGCAGAUGCUUAUCAGGCUGUAUAGUCAAUCACAGGGGUGUAUAUUUAGAUAUUUAUACAGAAAUUUAAGAUUUUUCUAUAUUCUGCAUCCCAUUUUUGUUCCCAUGAAAUCAUCCUCUGUUAUUAUAAAGAUAAGCAAUUAAAUGUUCUGAUAUUCUAGUGUAAUAUUAAAUGUACUGAAACGUUCAUUUUAUAUACUGUGAAGUAGAGACUAUUUCAAUGAGAUACCAAAUGUACAGUCAAACCGGUACCAAGUUUCUUUGCCAGGUCCUCCGCUGAUCAGAGCUGCGGCGGAAUCGGAGAGGAGGGUGGGAGGGGAGUGAUUGAAGCCAAGACUGACUUAACUGCACAUUUCAGUGUCCGGAUGGUUGUGGGCGGAAGGAGGGUGAACCGGUUCGGCUUUUGUUGUUUGCAGGACUGUAAAGUGCAAAGCUGCCUUUGUGACUGGCUUAUUCAAAUGUAAUAAAAUCGGGACCUUUAUUUUA